CGGCGGCGGCGGCGGCGGUGAUGGCAGUGCUGAUCUGAAGAUGGAAAGAGCCAGGCGAAGGGGAGGCGGCGGUGGCCGCGGCCGCGGAGGCAAGAAUGUAGGGGGCUCUGGCCUAAGCAAGAGUAGACUCUAUCCCCAGGCCCAGCACUCACACUACCCCCACUACGCGGCUUCAGCCACCCCUAAUCAGGCCGGGGGCGCAGCCGAAAUCCAAGAGCUGGCCUCUAAAAGAGUGGACAUCCAGAAAAAGAGGUUUUACCUAGACGUGAAACAAAGCUCCCGGGGCCGGUUCCUAAAGAUAGCCGAAGUCUGGAUAGGGAGAGGCCGGCAGGACAAUAUCAGAAAGAGUAAACUGACCCUCUCCCUGUCUGUGGCAGCAGAACUGAAGGACUGUCUAGGGGACUUCAUCGAGCACUACGCCCACUUGGGCCUCAAAGGCCACCGGCAAGAGCAUGGCCACAGCAAAGAGCAAGGCUCCAGGAGGAGACAGAAACACUCAGCACCUUCCCCACCAGUCUCCGUGGGGUCUGAAGAGCAUCCUCAUAGUGUCCUCAAAACGGACUACAUAGAGAGGGACAAUAGGAAAUAUUAUUUAGAUCUAAAGGAAAAUCAGCGGGGUCGCUUCCUAAGAAUUAGACAAACCAUGAUGCGGGGAACUGGUAUGAUAGGUUAUUUUGGCCACAGUUUGGGCCAAGAACAGACUAUUGUACUCCCAGCACAAGGAAUGAUUGAGUUUCGUGAUGCCUUGGUUCAGCUUAUUGAAGACUAUGGCGAAGGAGACAUAGAAGAACGAAGAGUUGGAGACGAUGACCCAGUUGAACUCCCAGAGGGGACUUCUUUCAGAGUGGACAAUAAAAGGUUCUACUUUGAUGUGGGCUCUAAUAAAUAUGGAAUUUUCCUGAAGGUAAGUGAGGUGAGACCACCUUACCGUAAUACUAUUACUGUUCCAUUCAAAGCUUGGACAAGGUUUGGGGAAAAUUUUAUCAAGUAUGAAGAGGAGAUGAGGAAAAUUUGCAACAGCCAUAAAGAAAAGAGAAUGGAUGGCAGAAGGGCCAGUGGUGAAGAACAAGAAUGCCUCGACUAGAGUGAAAUUGAACUCCUUCAGGCAAAAUUUUAAAUCAUAAAUUGGCUAAAAGUACUGAUCCACAAUCAUUUGAAGUUUUUCCUUUUUUUGGCCCUUUGUUAUUAGUAAUACCGCUAGUAGUUUAUACUUCAAGGAGUCUGAUUUUCAUGUUAUGUUAUACAUAUGACAUUAUAAUUCUUAUGGGAAUUCCAUCCUUCCCAAAGCUAAAUAGUUUAGCUGCUUCAACUGCUCCAGACUAUUGAAGUAUGCAAAUCAGCACAAAAAGUGACAUUCUGACCUUCUAAAAACCAUAACUAAGAUUUACUUUGCACUAAAACAAAAUCUUGAAAAAAAGAUACCUAUACUUAAUAUGGAAGUGUUUAACAAGUUCCAGAAAAAAAGUACUCCAUUCCUGCUUCAUUAAAAGCUCUAAGCUUGCCUGUAGGACAGUUACCACAGAAACAGAAAUUGAGCUCAAGUAUAUUAUAAACAUUUAUUUAUCAAAGUGCAAGUGGAAAUAUAUUAAUUGGAUAACUAAAUAUUAAACAGUCCUCUUAGAGAAUAAAAUUUUACAGUUACUGUAGUAUUCUAUAAUUUCAAAUUUUGUGGUAACCCUACAGUUUAUAGUUGCCAUAUCAAAGCCAUGGGAGAGUUUAAUUCUAUGGUAGCUACAAACUUAUCAUUAAUUCUGUUUAUCAUACUAUACAUUUUUCUUGACUUUCUGAAAUUUCAAGAAUUGUACUUUUAUGUCACUGUUAAGUGGGAGGCUUCAUCCUGUGGCUUUGCUAUGGAAAUCUUGGUGUUUUAGCUUUCGAUGCUAAUUUGAAGAUUGUGAGAGAUUUUUUUCCUAAAAUAUAUCAUGGAUUCAAGGUGUUAUAUUUUAUGCUUCUUUAACACUAUUUCAGAGGGGUUGGUGCACCAGUUAACUGAUAUAAAAAUACAUCUGUAAUAAUAUAUUUCAGUAGCACUUUUGCAAUUGCUACCCUUAAAGCAGUGUAAAAUCUUCCAAUAUAAAGCUGAUUUAUAAAGCUGACUUUUACAUUGCUUUAAUUCCAGAAAGAAAAAAAAAACUUUUUUUUCUAAAAAUUAUUCAGAAUGUAAAUUUAAGCCUGGGAAAAAGAUUGGAAGAUUAGUUAUAGACAUAUUUAAAGGAAAAUUCAGGCAUUUUCCAAGGUGCUCUUUGUGAAACUUAAAAAUGUUUACUUUACAUAAGACUUACCCAUUUACUUGUAUUAAAAUUUCUUUCCAGGAAGUGCCACACCAAUUUUUCAAAAUCUAAGCAGUUUUUUAAACAAGUGGAUAUAGUUUAUAUGUACCAACCAACCUAUAUUAAGUGACUGAAAUUUUAUCGGUUGAGCUAUAUUUUAUUGUGAAUGAAAUUGUGUUUUAUCUUGAUUUCAUUCACCUCCCACAUAAUAUGUCCAUAUAAUCAUAACUAAGAGCCAGGCACUGAUUUCAACCCCUAAAUAUAGCUCUCAGUAAUGAGAGUUGGCUGCAUGGGUUGAGAUCAGAAUGUAGCUCUUCUUUUAUAUGCUGUAAGUCAAAAUUAUUUAACAUUUUUUUCCUUCAGAGGUUUGUCCCCACAUACAUUUGAGUAAGAUCACUAAGAAGACUAUAAUAAGGUAUAAGAAAAGUAAAUUCACCAGUUGAUGUUGCUUAAAAGCAAGUGAUCUAUAACCUAGACUUGUAUGCUGCUGUUGGUUUACAGAUUGCAUUUCAAGUUUCCUCAAGUAGUGUAAAGGAAUCCAUUUGUUUAUUAUAAGUGUGGGCCAUCUAGAUCACUGUGGAACAACUGAAGGUUAGAAGAUAAUGUUAGUACUAGAAUUAAUAGCACAUGGUGGGUGUAGAAACUCUAAAAGUAGCAAGAAUCUUUAUGCAGUCCUAACUGUAAAAUAACUAUUUAGGCUUGAUAAAAAGUAGUUUUGGUAUAUAGAGGAAUGGUGUGCACUUGAAUUAUUGUACUACUGAUUGCUAUUGCUGCCCAUCAUAGUGCCUAUUAAUAAUAAUCAACCUGUCAGAUUUUGGCAAACUGGAGCUGUGAAUAUUUCAGCAUCUGAGUGUUCCUAUCACUAUUGCUACAACUAUACAAUUGCUCUUAAAACUUUCCCUUCUGAAAUAUUUAUAUCCAUUAAGUCUGAAUGAUUUCUGUUUGGUUUUUAG